GCGACGCCGAGUUCUGGUUAAGUAUUCAGCCAAAACUUGACAAGCGGCGUCGUUCCACCGCAAGCUCCGGCGCGAGGAAUUAACCAAUAACAUAACAUCUCUGAUCACUGACCAGUGCUCAUCGAGCAGUUCAGAAACGCCCACAUCACAUCACAACUCAGCUAUGGCUUCGGCCCCUUCGAAGCUCUACGCCGACGAUGUGAGCCUUCUGAUGGUUUUGCUGGACACGAACCCUUUCUUCUGGAGCUCAUCCAAUCUCCCGUUCUCCAAGUUUCUCCCCCACGUACUUACGUUUCUGAACUCGAUUCUGCUGCUCAAUCAACUCAACCAGGUGGUCGUUAUUGCCACCGGGUACAAUUCCUGCAGCUACAUCUACGAUUCUUCUUCGGACUCGAACCAGGGCUCUGAUCAUGGAAGAAUAAUGCCUGCGCGGUGCUCUAACUUGUUGCAGAAGCUGGAGGAAUUCGUGAUCAAAGACGAGCAAUUGUUCAAAGAAGGGUCGAGAGAAGGGAUUUCUUCUUCUCUGCUAUCCGGGUCUUUAUCAAUGGCUCUUUGUUAUAUACAGAGAGUUUUUCGAUCAGGGCCACUUCAUCCUCAACCUCGGAUUUUAUGCUUGCAGGGAUCAUCGGAUGGACCUGAACAAUAUGUUGCAAUCAUGAAUUCAAUAUUUUCUGCACAGCGUUCUAUGGUUCCUAUAGAUUCUUGCUAUAUGGGAUCGAGCAACUCUGCCUUCCUACAGCAGGCUUCAUAUAUUACUGGUGGUGUGUAUCUGAAGCCCCAACAACCAAAUGGACUGUUUCAGUAUCUCUCGACAGUAUUUGCAACUGAUUUGCAUUCUCGAGCAUUUUUACAGCUUCCUAAGUCUCUCGGUGUGGAUUUUCGUGCCUCGUGUUUUUGCCAUAAGAAGACAAUAGACAUGGGCUACAUUUGUUCUGUGUGCUUGUCCAUUUUUUGUAAGCAUCACAAGAAAUGUUCAACUUGUGGGUCAGUAUUUGGUCAAGCCCAGUUAGAUGCUUCCUCAACAUCCAACAGGAAAAGAAAGACGCCAGAGACAUAAUGUUAGUUCUCUAAAGCAUACUUGAUAUUUAUGCAGUGAGUUCUAUCCAUCUGGUGUUUGUUUUGUGAAAGCCGUCUGGGAACCAGUUUUGCCGAGAUUCUUGCAUGCCUUCUUGUUGUAGAAUUUGGCCACCAUAGCGAAUUGCAUCACCGUGUUUUGUGAUGCCAAACUGCAGCAUUUUUGUGGAGAGAAAUCUGGCAGGGCUGAUUAUACAACUUAUGGCGAGCUGAUAGUGGUUAAGAUUCUUUAAACUUUCUUCUUGUGUUCUUAAAGUAGUCAUUUGCGCGCCAGAAAGAGCGGUGCAUGCUUGUCCCGAAUGAUUAUAUGAUGCUCAACAACACAUAAGAAACUACAAAUUGCAUUCUAUACACUUGUUUUUUGUUCUUUA